GACGUAACCUGUAUGCGACCAACUAUGUCUUUUGUGUUUAUCUUGAGCUCUGUUUAGUCUGCCCUCAAUGGACGCUGCAUUCGUAAUUAUUGCCAUCAGUCUUCCGUUGGACAUGGAUUGGAAAACAUCGUAGUCGAUUGGACAUCAUUUUCAAAAUGAAUAAGGGGUGGCUUGAACUGGAGAGUGAUCCAGGGUUGUUCACUCUACUCGUGGAGGAUUUUGGUGUCAAGGGAGUUCAAGUAGAAGAGAUAUACGACCUCCAGAGCAAGUGUCACAGUCCUGUAUAUGGCUUCAUCUUUUUGUUCAAAUGGAUUGAGGAACGGCGCUCAAGAAGAAAAGUAAACACUUUGGUCGAUGAGACCUCUGUUAUUGAUGAAGACAUUGUUAAUGACAUGUUCUUUGCUCAUCAGCUUAUCCCUAACUCAUGUGCCACCCAUGCUUUAUUGAGUGUGCUUCUAAACUGCAGUGGUGUUGAGCUUGGCACAACCCUUAGUCGUAUAAAAGCUUUCACAAAAGGCUUCAGUCCAGAGAGCAAAGGGUAUGCAAUAGGAAAUGCCCCAGAGCUUGCCAGAGCACACAAUAGCCAUGCAAGGCCAGAGCCAAGGCAUCUGCCUGAGAAACAAAAUGGGAUCAGUACAGUGCGGACCAUGGAAGCCUUCCACUUUGUCAGCUAUGUUCCCAUAAAAGACCGCUUGUUUGAGCUGGAUGGGCUCAAGGCAUACCCUAUUGACCAUGGUCCCUGGGGAGAAGAUGAAGAGUGGACUGAUAAAGCACGCCGGGUUAUCAUGGAGAGGAUUGGUCUGGCCACUGCAGGUGAGCCAUAUCAUGACAUUCGCUUCAACCUGAUGGCAGUGGUGCCUGACCGCAGGAUCAAAUAUGAGUCCAAACUUGAAAUUCUUAAAAGGAAUCGCCAGACUGUCCUGGAGGGGUUACAAAAGAUGAUCCAACUAACACAGACUGAAGCUGCUCAUGAUAAGAAACAGCAGGACUCUACUUCACCUGAGGAAAGUACAGCAACAGUCAAGAAAGAGGUUGAUGUAGAGCCAUCUGCCUCUCAAGGAGGUGAUCAAACUGCACCAGACACAAUGGAAGAAGCUAAAGAUGCCCUAAGUCCUUCAGGAAGUUCUAAAGUCAUGGCCAAAUCUACCACCCCUGUAGGAGGAGUGACCAGUCCAUGCCCCAUUGUACAACGCCUUCCUGCUUUCCUCGACAAUCACAACUACGCAAAGUCUCCAAUGCAGGAAGAGGAAGACCUUGCUGCUGGAGUUGGUCGCACUCGAGUGUCUGGCCCUCCACAGCCCUCAUACUCUGAUGAUGAAGAUGAAUAUGAAGAUGAGGAAGAGGCAGUUACAGGCUCUACUAGCACACCUAAUAGUAGGUUUAGAAGGAAGCAGAGUCUCCGGUCAAGAAGUGGAAGAGUUACGACUGGAAUGGAGAGCCAAAUUGCCCUCAGCGUCUUGGCUGAAAAGCUAAAGAAAGAAGCCCAGAGGAAAGAUGCUUUAAAUACACCCCUUUCAGUUCGCACAGAAGGACGCACUGGGGGCAUCUCCAUCACAUCCGCCUCUCAGCCUUCCCCAACACCGAGCAAUGAAAGUACUGACACUGCCUCUGAGAUUGGCAGCGCUUUUAACUCCCCUCUGCGUUCGCCUGCUCGCUCCCAAGCUGCCACACGUCCCUCUAGUCCGGUUGCAUCCCAUUUGUCACGAGUGCUUUUUGGAGAAGAUGAGCUGCUAAGGCUUGACUCCAGACAUAACCGCGCUGUACGAGACCUGGGUCCUUCUGUCAGCAUAGCUCUGUUGGAACUACAAGAGGAUGGAGUUAUGUACGCUCUGCCACCAUCUGGAGAUAUGGCUGCAGAUGUCACAAAGCAAUUAUGCACUCCGAAGAAGAUAAAAGAUAAUGAGCAGGUAGUCAUCGUUGAUGUUGAAAAGAAAGAAGAUAUUGCUCCAGAUGAGGGUCCAUCUGUAGAGGUCAAGGAAGAGGAAGUCAAAGAAGAGACUGAGGAGAAACCCUGCCUGGAAAACCUUAAUGAUAUGAUAGCUGACCCCAAGCCCCUCGGAGAUAAAUAUUCUCCCAAAGAGCUGCUUGCACUACUAAAGUGUGUUGAGGCUGACAUAGCAAAUUAUGAGGUGUACCUCAAGGAGGAAGUUGAAAAGAGAAAGAAAUACAAAAUUGAUGACCAGAGAAGAACUCAUAAUUAUGAUGAAUUUAUCUGUACCUUUAUAUCAAUGCUGGCCCAAGAAGGAAUGUUGGCUAGCCUUGUGGAGCAGAACAUCUCAGUGCGGCGUCGGCAAGGAGUGAGUAUCGGACGUUUGCACAAACAAAGAAAACCUGACCGAAGGAAACGCUCACGUCCUUACAAAGCCAAGAGACAGUAAUGACAACUAUCAAGAUCAAUUCUGUUAAAGUCUGUAACAAAAGAUGGCUUCUGUCAACGGUCCUCAUAUGUAAUUAUCUAUAUAUUUGGUCAGCUCCUUAUCUGUUUGUUUGAAAUGGACCGGCAGCAUGGGUAUAACAUUCUUAACUUAACAAUGCUCCAUCAUUUGUGAAGAAUAGUAUCUUGAUUACCUUGUACUUAUGAAAUGUUUUAAAAUGCUGUUAUAUUUGUUAUUCACAGGUGCCAAUGAAGGAUGGUUAUUUACAAUGUUUUAGUAAUUCAGUUGUCCUUCACAGGUACCUUCUACAUUACUAUGGUAAAUGUAUAUAAUAUUGCAUAGCAAAGCUACGAUGCAUAAUUUUGUUAUUGGUAAGGUAUUUUUAAAUGAAAGGCCUGUUCAAAUUUCAGGUAAAAGAAGCAAAACGUGUGUAUGCUGUGUUAUGUCAUCAGACUCUAACAUUGUUAUAAACUGAUGUGAAUUUCACUGUACAGUUGUAUGUUUUGUACAUAUGUAUCUGUUCUUUGGCUCACUAGUUUUUGAGCUAUUUGUUCAUGCCUGUUCAUGCUGCAUUAAAGCGUAUUAGAAUCCUUGCAGC